AUGGGCAUCUUCACUCGAUCUCGCAGCCGCCAGGCUAAAGAUCCUCAACCCGCGGAGCCCGCGACACCGAAGCGCAACAAGCUUCAGAAAAAGAGCCCGCGUCAGACACGCGCCGAAUCGACCGCGGAAGGCGAUGCGCCCGUAAUCGAGACCGACGCGCAGCCACUCGAGCAGACUGAAUGGGUAGAACCACCUUGUUCACGCGCGCGCCCAACCUGGGCAAACCCCGACUCCUACUUCACGCCGCAAGAGAACGCCUUGCUCAAUACCAUGCGGCCGAUAGGACAGUACCCGACGGCGGGCGACUAUAAGAGUGUCGGUCUCACGCCUCCGACCAAGAGCACUAUCAAACGCGCGUUCAAGUUGACGGUGCGCGCGACGGGCGAGGUCAGCGAUGCGAUCAUCACGGGGUCUCCGACGCCUAUCACGCCCGUGGCAGAGGAUGGAGCUGUUUCGGACGACGCGCAGAUGAAGGCAGACGAGGGUGCCUUGAGCGGGGUUGAGACGUUGAUGGCCCUCAAGGGCUCGGUGGAGGCAGCCGUGGGGAAAGAUUCGGUGAAAGAUGUGGAAGUGAGCGAUAUCCAGGACAGCAGCCUGGCGACCCCCAUCUCCGAAGCAAUCGGACUUCAGACCGCAAAGCCUUCUCUCUCCCCCGUCCAAACUCCUGUGGACACCCCAGUCUACGAAACCUCGACCGACCCUGCACUCACUACUCCAAAACCACAUCUUCUUACUGCUCCUCAAACACAUCUUCUCACUGCUCCUGACAAGACAUCCUUGCUGCAACCAGAGUCACCUUUUACUACCCACGCUUUAGACGUCAUGGACACCAUGGCCUGUGAGAUUGAAAAGCCCCUUGACCGCGAUCUCAUCGCUAUCUUGAACUCUCUUCCAGCUCCCCAGUCGAACAAGUACGAUGUUGCCCAGCUGAAGCAGGUCGUGGCAACUGCUAUCUCUCAUUCUCGUGAGGCCGGGAAUGAUGAGGCGGCAGUAAGCCUGCUUCACUACUGGUCUGGCAUAUCGGACGAUAAUUUCAAGCUGUCACUCAUCUACAAUAUGGGUGUGAAAGUGACUGAUCACAACCUGGAGCUGGCGCUGAAGACCAUGCUGCAUCAUUCGAUGGAUGAUGCCUCUGAGUGGCUCAAGGCAUACAUCGCGACGCGUCCUGCUGCCUUGGAUCGUCAAGACUCAGGCAGCGACUCCAGCCUGUCUUCCGCCCAGUCUCUUGAGAUGGAACCUACGGGACAAACAUUUAAAGUCUCUGACAUCUACCGUGACACUUCCGGCCCCCGCCUCGAAGAUCUUUUCAACAGUGGCAAGUCCAACACAGCUCCACUCAAACGACCCAGAAAGCCGUGCCGAGUGAACGAGAACUCUUUCAAACGCCGCCGUGAGUGGGAAGCCGACCCCUCACUUGAUCAGACCCUGCAAGCCAAACGUGCUCGCCUCCUCAAGGACACCGAACCUGAACCUGAGGAAACCAUGCCCGAGGUCAGCUCACUUCGCCCGAGAAGAGGCCAACGCGCUGCCACCGAGCAGCCUUCCACCCAGGGUUCAACCCCUGACACCACUGAGGUGGAAGAAAUCGCUCAAUCAGUGGAGGUCGCCCCGGAGCCGGUUCCUACCCGCGUGCAACGGGGUGGCAGAGGACGUGGACGUGGUGGACGUGGUGGACGGGGCCGAGGAGGUCGGGACAAGGCAGCACAGGCCUCACCAAGCCAGCAGCCAGAGCCAAAGACCGUCUCUGAAGCCCCUGAGACUACCGAUGCUGCUGCUGCUCGUCUUGCUGCUCUGCCUCCCCCUGCCCAGGUCCUUGGGAAACGCACUCGUGAGUGGUCACUGGACACCACCGUCUCUGCCGAGUCCACCAUUUCCAAUGAGUGUUACUCGGAACGAGAGAACGACUGGCAUGGCGAGUUCAGCCGGCGAAAGAUGCCGAACUCGAUUGAGCCGCCAGACAACAGUGACAACUGCUACGAGUGCGACCAGGUUGGCAAUCUACUGUGUUGCGACACAUGUGAGAACUCAUUCCACUUUGAAUGUCUUCGGCCUGCUGUAAAUCCCAAGAACCCGCCGCAGGGCGAGUGGUACUGCCCGCGAUGUGGAGUCCGCAACUCUCUCACCACCGCCAUCGCGCAUGGCCGCCACAAGAAGCGCAAGACGGAAUACUCCCCACCAACUGAGCUGAAGGAGUACUUUGCCGGCGUCGGAGAGGGUGUGUACGUCAACGCCGACCGCAAGAGCGUGAAGAACCAGAGCUUCUACAAGACGGUUCCCCACAUACCCCGUCUGACUAAGCCACCAAGGGCGAGACCCGCAACUCCUGCCUACGAUGAUCCCAACCUGCUGAAGAUGUCCGACAAUGGCCAUGUGAUUCUCUGCAACCACUGUGGCCGAUGUUCCGAUAACGAGCGCCCGAUCAUCCGCUGUGACUACUGCCCUUCCUACUUCCACCUAGACUGUCUUGACCCUCCCCUCGCAAUUCCCCCUAACCCUCACUCUGGGUGGAUGUGCCCCAAGCAUGUCACGCCUGAUGAUAUGAUCGUGACCAAAGUGGUUGACGGUCAGGUGCAAGAGCGCCGUGUGCGCCGUGCCAAGAACACGGUCGCUUCAGUUGACGUGGAUCCCAUUCCCUAUGAUGAUGUCAACGAGACUACCUUUGAUGAUGACUUCCGCGAGAAGCGUCGCCUCCUCCCUGGCGGGGAUAUGAUCAUGGACUUUAUCUCCGCCGUUCGCAAUGAUCACGCUCGUCAGCAGAAGGAAUUCUUCACUGGUCUUGCCAAUACAUGCAUCAACCUUGCUAGGAACAUGGUUGAAGAGCGUCUUGCGCAGAACAGCUCCAUGUCUGCUGAUGAGAUCACCGCGCAAAUCGCCCCGAGUAUCAACGAGGCUAUCGAAGACCUCCAAACGGGCAAGUCGACCAAAGAUCAGUACGACGCUGCUCUUGCUCUUGUUGGAUUUGCUAAGGGCGAAUCCAGCGUUCCGGUCGGCGACAACAGUACCGUGACACCUCAACCCAACGAGCCCGGUCUUCGGUCUAAUGAGGCUGACAAAGAAGUUACUGCUGCCGCCCCUAUCCCAGCCAGCAAGGAUGAUAAUACUGUCCCUCCCCCAGCGAUCAAAGAUGAUAGUGCUGCCCCGAGUGAACCCGCUGUCUUGGAGCCUCGUCCCACCUCAUCUCCUCCAACCCGAAGGACUCCCAGAAGCACCCGCAAGAGCAAACGCUCGCGCGCGGUCUCCGAGGAGCCUGCCACCCGCAAUGAGCGCGCUUCAAAGUGCCAGCACACCGACUCCGCCUAA